AUGGUUCAUGUAAUAAUUCCUGAUGAUGACAGCAUAGGACCGUUGACCUUUGGCAUUGAGCUGGAGUUCUUAGUUCCAAUGUUGAAACCAUUGAAGCAUGAGAGAAGCCCUCCGGAUCCCCGUCCCAUUUUUCAUGCUGAGGAUUUUGAUGAAGGGGAUCCCGCCGAUCCAUUUAACAAGUUCAUUUUUCCUGCUCUACAAGCUGUCGACGGCAUCCAAGUACGAGACCAUUUCACGGAUGUGUUCGCUUAUCCACUUACCAGUAUACCCAAAUACGACGCCUGGCGACUCAUUGAUGACUUCUCCGUGAAGCCCGGACAUGGUCGCGAGUAUUCACCAUACGAAUGGGCCGGCAAGGAAGUCACCUCGGAGGUCCUCAAAGCAGAUGAUGCUGGCUAUCCCAAGAAGAUCACCGAUGUGUGUCGCGCAAUCCGUGAAUGUCGUGUACAUCUCAACUCCAGCGCCGGCGUUCACGUUCACAUCGGUCAUGGCGACGAUGGCUUCUCACUCAAGACCCUAAAGCGGGUUGCUACAAUCAUGUGGCUGAUGGACAGCCGUCUGCUCUACCUCCACCACCCCUCUCGCAGGGACAACGCAAAUUGCGAACUUCUGAGCAAGAUUUCGAAACUCUCUCAUACCCAGGAAGGCAAGCCCGCGGCCGACCCAGCCGGACGCUACCACAGAAUUAUGGACGAGAAUGUCCCCACGGACAUUUGGCCGGCCCUUCAUGCAAAGCUUCAGCAAAUUUGGUUUGCCUCGGACAUUGAGCAGAUAGCGCAUCUGAUGAGUGACCGCACGCCGCCAGACUCAAUGCGGGCAAUCAGCCGGGGCACAGUCGGAUUUCGUCGGCUCAUAUCCACGGGAAGGAACAGAGUCAACAUCAACACCGUCGAGUUUCGGCAGAUGGCAGGCUCACUGGAGCCCGACCAUAUUAUACAGUGGGUCAAGGUCUGCCUCGCAAUAGUGGACUUCGCCCGCCACUCCGAGAAUGAUAGCUUCAAGUCAGUUGUCCGUUCUGCUAGCAUGCAACCAGAAGAAAACACAUACUUUGCCUUGGAUUUCCUAAACGAUAUUGGCUUGUACCUCGGCGUUCCCUUUUGGGCCGAGAAACUGGAGGGCUACAUAUUGAAACGCCAGACGGCGAUGGAGUUUUACGAAAACAGUGAUAGCAACAUACAAUGGGUUGAUGAACAGCGGGGUUCUCUGGCUUGA